AUGCGACAUCUAUGGCAUCUCGUUCUGACGCUGCUGGUCAGUGUUCAGGCCAUUGAUCUACAAGUAGACGAUCAGGAAUCUGUCAAAAAGGCCUGUAAAGCAGUGGCCAAAAACAUGCUCUCGUUUUAUACCGGCAUGAACCCAGGCGAUACCCCAGGCAACCUGCCGGAUCCUUAUUACUGGUGGGAGGCCGGAGCCAUGUUCAACGCUCUCGUCGAUUACUGGUACUACACGAAUGAUGACACUUGGAACGACAUCACCAUGCAAGGGCUGCUCUGGCAAGCAGGCGACGACGGUACCUUUAUCCCUGCGAACCAAUCGCGCACCGAAGGAAACGACGAUCAAGCCUUCUGGGCGUUUGCCGUCAUGUCGGCUGCAGAGCGCAAUUUUCCCAAUCCGCCGGACGAUAAGCCCGGGUGGCUCGCCAUGGCUCAGGCCGUUUUCAACACUCAGGCCUCGCGGUGGAAUAUGGAGACGUGUGGCGGAGGACUGAAAUGGCAGAUCUUCACGUGGAACAAUGGGUACAACUACAAGAACACGAUUUCGAAUGGCUGCUUUUUCAACCUCGCAGCUCGUCUGGCCAAAUAUACCGGCAACGAUACGUAUGCGGAAUGGGCCGAACGAGCGUGGGACUGGACAUCCUCGGUCGGAUUCAUGACGGACGACUACCAUUUCUGGGAUGGUGCAGAUGACGACAAAAAUUGCACCAACUUCAACCGGAUACAAUGGACGUAUAACUCCGGGGUGUAUCUGCUGGGCGCAGCGACCAUGUUCAAUUUUACCGACGGCGAUCCGGUCUGGAAAAAACGCACGCAGGGCAUCCUCGACGCUUCAGACAUCUUCUUCGUCAACGAGCCCAAGAAUGUCAUGUAUGAGCGAGCGUGUGAGCCGGUCGACACCUGCCAAGUGGAUCAGCGCUCUUUCAAGGGAUAUCUGGCCCGCUGGAUGGCCUCGUCCACGCAGAUGGCACCUUUUGUAUUCGACCAGGUGAUGAGCAAACUGCGACCGUCGGCCAGUGCAGCGGCAAGGACUUGUACGGGCGGGUCAGACCAGGCCAGCUGCGGGUUAAAAUGGAGCACCGGCAAGUGGGAUGGCAUGAAAGACGUCGGGUUGCAGAUGAGUGCAUUGGAGGUCAUGCAGUCGACACUCAUCAAUCGCGUCGAUCCACCAGUCACGAACGACACUGGAGGAACCAGUAAGGGCGAUCCUGGCGGGGGGUCAGACCCGCCUAUUUCUGUCCCCCAUGCUCUCUCCAUGCCUAUCAGUACUGCAGAUCGCGCGGGGGCCGGGAUCUUGACGGGGUUGAUGGCCAUGUUCUUGAUAGGUUCGACUGGCUGGUUGGUCACUGAGUGA